AUGUGGUACCUACUGUUCUUGAUCAUUGUAAUACUCUCAGCAUCACAACAAUCUCUUGUUUUGUCUUCUUCACCGUCGCCAAAGAGCCCACAUCGAUGCCUCAGCCACCAGAGGUCCGCCUUGGUGCAACUGCAGCAAGAUGUUCUAAAGCACUACAAUCCUUCUGUUAUAUUUGAUGAUAACUCUUCAAUGAAAGUUCAGCAAUGGAAGCUGGAAAGAGAUUGUUGUUCAUGGGAAGGUGUCACCUGCGAUGUCGCUGGUUAUGUCACUGGCCUCAACCUCAAUUAUAGCAUGAUUUCCGGUCAUAUCAGUGCCAUAUUUGAUCUCCACCAUCUCCAAUAUCUUAGCCUUGCUAGCAACAACUUCCGGUUAAACCCAAUACCAUCUGGGUUUGAUAGGCUUAAGAGUUUGACCCAUCUAAAUCUUUCAUAUUCCUGCUUCUCCGAUCAAAUUCCCAUGGAGAUUUCCCGGUUGACAAGGUUAAUAUCUCUUGAUCUAUCCACUAUUCCAUUUUGUGAACUCCCAAACACCUUUAAUGACCCAGACUUCAAUCGCAUAUUUGAAUAUGAAGAGCUCCACAGGCUCAGACUAGAAGAACCCAACCUCCAGACAUUUUUCCAGAACCUGAAUGCUCUCAGAGAGCUCAAAUUAGAUUAUGUAGACCUCUCAGCUCAAGGUUCUAACUGGUCUGAUGCCUUAGCUCAUGCACUUCCUAACCUUCAGGUUUUGAGUUUGUCUUUCUGUCGUCUCUCAGGACCUAUCCAUCCUUCCUUCUCACAGCUCAAAUCUCUAUCCCACAUCGGCCUUGAUGGUAAUCAUCUCUCUUCUGCGGUACCCCAUUUUUUGGCGGAUUUCUCAAAUUUGGUAACUCUCAGUCUCAGAUCUUGUGGUUUGCAUGGGAGUUUUCCUGAAAAAUUGUUCACACUGCCAAAAUUACAAACCAUUGAUCUUUCGGACAAUUCACUCCUCACUGGUCAGUUGCCAAAUUUUUCAUUGAAUAAUUCUUUUCAGCAGAUGAUACUGUACAAGACAAAUUUCCAUGGGAAAUUGCCAGACUCCAUUGGUAAUCUCAAGUUCUUGACAACUUUACUCCUCUAUAAUUGUAAUUUCACUGGGUGGAUCCCAUCAUCACUUGCCAACCUGACUCAAGUUCUUGAAUUGGAUCUCAGUUACAAUAGAUUCAGUGGUCCAAUACCUCCAUUUCAUUCUAGCACUGUUCCAAAGCUUGUAGACCUUGGCUUGUCUUACAAUCUCCUAGAUGGUGCGAUAGAUUCUUUGCUGUUUACUCUCCCAUCGCUGCAAAACUUACGUAUGAACAAUAAUCAUUUCACUGGUCAACUUGAGGAGAUCCCAAAUGCAUCUUCUUCAGUGUUGGAAUAUGUUUAUUUGCAGGGAAAUGGUUUGAGCGGGCCAAUACCUAGGUCAAUCUCCAAACUCCCAAGACUCUUUUUUCUCUCCCUUGCUGCCAACAACUUUAAUGGCAGCAUGAAGCUUGACAUCUUCCAGAGUCUCCAGAACUUAACCAGUCUCGAUCUUUCAGACAACAAUUUGGCAAUUGAAAGUGACGACAAUGAGGGGUUUACAUUUCCCAGUCUCGAAGAAUUAAGAUUGAGCAGCUGCAACUUAAACAAAAUCCCCAAGUUCCUCAAGAAUGAAGUUGUAUUGAGGUCUCUGAACCUUUCCAACAACCACAUCCAUGGAAGCGUCCCCAGUUGGUUAUUGAACAGCAGCACUCUUUAUGAGUUGGACCUUUCUCAUAAUGAAGUUGAUUUCUCUGAUUCAAACCAGGGCAAGUCUGUCUUUAGUGGUGACGAAUUUACUUCAUUUGCAGUGCUAGGCAAAUUGGCUAUGCGCUCCUGCAACGUAAGUAGAUUUCCAGAUUUCCUGAAAGCCCAAGAUGGGCUGUUUUACCUCGAUCUUUCAGGCAACAAAAUAGAUGGUCGUACGCCCAGUUGGAUAUGGAAGAAGAAGCUUCAGUAUCUGAAUAUUUCUCACAAUUUCUUAUAUGCUUUGGAUGAAUUUCUUCCUAAUAUGUCUACCCCGUUGCAAACUCUUGAUCUUCGUGCCAACCUGCUUCAAGGAUCUCUCCCUAAGGCAAUAUGCAAUUUGAGCAGUCUGUCUAUAUUUGAUGCUUCUGAUAACAAACUAAGUGGCUUGAUCCCGGAAUGUCUCGGAAAAAUUGGCACUCUUUCUGUUUUGAACGUCAAAGGGAACAACUAUCGGCGUUUCCCUCCAGAUUUUGGUCUAGCAAGCAGUCUUCGGUCACUGAAUAUCAAUGGCAAUCAAUUGGAAGGAGAGUUGCCAAGGUCUUUAGCCAAGUGCACAAUGCUAGAGGUUUGGACCUUGGUAACAACAACAUUUCCGAUACAUUUCCGUUUUGGUUGGAUAAACUGCCUGAAUUGA